AAAAAAGAAGAUCUGCGUACUCUAGAAGGGGAAACUGACAAAGAUGAGGACAGUACUUGCGUAUCGGCCGAGGACGAUACGCCAAUCAGAGACCAACAGCCGACGCACGUUUGUAUCGACUGCGAUGAUGAACCAAUGGAAGAGGAUGCAGCUUCUGAUGAAUUUUCAUCCGCAGUAGCUGCGGCUCGUGGUUGCGGGGACACUGAGUCAGUCAUACAAUUAAACAGCAAUGAGACGUGGUUGGAUUUGGAAAGUUUGCGGCGCGUUAAAAAGAAGUUAUUUGCUUUGAAUAAUACGAGCAUACGUGAUGCGUUGAAUAUCAACAUAAUCUUGCUGGCCGAGAGCAUACGCUAUGGGCGUGAGACCGCCUGUGAAAAGGUGAUACAUUGUCUGGUCAUUUGUUUCGACAUGGUUACAAAUACAUUCAACAGUUUUGAGGACUUGGAGUAUUUGGAACGUUCGCUACCCAAGCUUUGUCAUGCUUGUCGCAUGCUAUCAGUAGCGGGACAAGCGCGUUUAGCCCGCAUCUGGGCCGCGCAUUGUAAAGAUCAAAUGCAAUCGCUGGUACAGUCUUGUCAACAGUUGAUCACAUUACAAGUAAUACAAGACGAGGACACAGUACAGGAGAAUUCUGAUGUAUUUGCGGUGACACGCGUACUCAAGAUUGUUUUCUACGCAAACAUCUUAGCUGGAGAAUUGGACACCAGCUCCAUCAAUGCUCACAGCCAAUCGGGUAAUGCAGCCGAUGCUGAUGCUUCUUCAAACACGGAUACCACCAACGAUGAUGAUGAUAUAUUUUUCUAUACUCAAGUACCUAAACCGCAUUAUCCGAAAUUCGCGGAAGACAAACUAGAGAAAGAGUUGGGUUUAUCGAGCAUGGACUGUCGUGUGCCGUUGGUGCCAUUUGAAGAGUUCUACAAUGAGCCGCUGAGCGAUGCAAUACAAAUGGAUCGCGAUUACUUAUCUUAUAGAAAUUUGUCGCUGAAUCCCAGUGAUUUGCAUUUCUCCUUCAUGCUGUAUUCAUUCAUAUUAACACCCGCGACCAAGGUCAUUGCACUCUACUACGAUAGUCGCAUACGCAUGUACAGUGAACGAAAUUCCUCGUUGUAUUCACUACUGAAUUCAUUUUCCGAUGGAAAUGAGGUUGGUGCAAGGCCUGAUUUAAAGCUGAAAGUGCGACGUGAAAAUAUAAUCGAUGAUGCGCUCAUUGGGCUUGAACUGGUUGCUAUGAGUAAUCCAAAAGACUUAAAAAAGCAGUUAGUGGUUGAGUUCGUUGGCGAACAAGGUAUUGACGAGGGUGGUGUAUCCAAAGAAUUUUUCCAGCUGAUUGUCGAAGAGAUUUUCAAUCCGGACUAUGGCAUGUUUGUGCAUCAGGAAGAUACCAAUACUGUAUGGUUCAACUCCGCGCCAUUCGAAAAUGAGGCUCAGUUUACGCUGAUCGGCAUUAUUUUAGGUUUAGCUAUUUACAAUAACAUCAUUCUGGCUGUGAAUUUCCCUAUGGUCGUCUAUCGCAAAUUAAUGGGUGGUGUUGGUACAUUUUAUGAUCUAAAAUAUUGGAAUCCGACAUUGUAUCGAAGUUUGAAAUCGAUGCUGGACUAUCAGGACGCCGAUAUGGAAGAAGUAUUCAUGCAAACAUUUAAAAUUAGCUACAAUGAUGUUUUCGGCGAUGUAGUCGAACAUGAAUUGAAACCCGGUGGCGGUGAUAUAGUUGUUGGCCAACAUAAUAAACAAGAAUUCGUUGAUAUGUAUAGCGAAUAUUUGCUCAAUAAAAGCAUUGAACGACAAUUUAAGGCUUUCAAAAAAGGUUUCGAAAUGGUAACAGAUGAGUCGCCAUUAAAAUUACUUUUUCGUCCUGAGGAAAUUGAGCUGCUGGUCUGCGGUAGUAGAAAAUUUGACUUUGUUGAACUGGAAAAAUCCACCGAAUAUGAGGGUGGUUACACUAAGGACUCGCAAACAAUCAAAGACUUUUGGAGCGUUGUACACUCCAUGCCAGAGGAGUCAAAACGUAAAUUGCUCGAAUUCACCACUGGUUCGGAUCGCGUGCCUGUUGGCGGAUUAAGUCGCCUCAAGCUGCUUAUCACACGGCACGGUCCCGACAGCGAUCGUUUGCCCACCUCGCACACGUGCUUUAAUGUGUUAUUGCUGCCAGAGUACAGCAGUCGAGACAAGUUGGAGGAACGUCUGCUAAAAGCGAUUAAUUACUCAAAAGGUUUUGGCAUGUUGUAAGAAGCUGUUUUGUCAUUCAAAUUUCCAUAUCUAUGAGCAUUGAAAGGUAGCAAAUGGAGAAAUACAUAGCCGAAAAGAGAGCGAAAUAUAUGCGCAACGCAAUCGCAACGAGUGCUGGUCUUAAUAAAAUUUUCUUUUUUACAUUCUCGUUAAUUUGUUUGAUAUUUCUUUUUGAGCAUAUGUUUAACAAUCAACUGAUUUAUGAUGCCAACAACAGCUGCAGAAGACUUGUCUUUAUUUUAAGUAUAUUUUUUAAGAACAUACAACAAACAUACGAAUACAUGCAUACAUGUAUACAAAAAAUGCAUGUCUUUGGAUAAAGCAAGCAGAGAAAUACUGCUAACAAAUCCUGAAGCUUCCUAACUAAUAUGUAUAAGCGCUGAUACAAAGAAGCGCUGAACAUUUAUUAUAUUUAUGAGUUUUUGGCAAUUUUUAAGCUUACACUUUCCUUUCGCGUUCAGUUAUACACAUAAGCAAUCACAUUUAUUUUUCGUAAUUUACAUUGAAUACACCAGACAGGAUAUACAAGUAUAAUUUAAAAUACAUAUAACAAAAACAAAUUCGAGUGCCACCAAUACCAAUGCACUUACUACUAUGAAAAAUCGUAACAACAACAAGAACAACAACGUUUAAUUUCGUUUGUAUAUUUACGUAUAAAAGAAAGUCAUUUUUUAAAUCGA